AUGCCACCGCGCGCAUCGCUCCUCCUCCGCCGCCGCCUCUCCACCCGCCCGCCUCACCGCGAUCACACCAAAGUCGCCGCGCUGCUAGGGGUCCUCAACUCGGCGCCGCCGUCCUCCACGUCGCUCUCACACGCGCUCUCCCGCGCCUUCCCGUCACCCUCCGACGCCUUCCCUCUCCGCAGGCUGCCUCACCUCCUCCCGCAGCUCCCCUCCCCGCUUCUCUCCCUCCGCUUUCUCCUAUGGCGCCUGACCUCGUCCUCCCCGCUACCCUCCCAGCACGCUCUCUCCUCACUCGCCGCCUCGCUCCCCGACCUCUCAUCCUCCGUGCCGCUCCUCCUCUCGUCCUCCCCACGGCCCCUCCCGCUCCCGCACUAUUCCCUCCUUCUCAACAUAUCCGCUCACGCCGGUCUCUUCCCUGCCUCCCUCGCCGUCCUGCGCCAUAUGCGGUCCUUCGGCCUCAUGCCCGGCGCCGCCUGCUUCCACCACGCCCUUCGCGCGGCGGGCUCCGCCGGCGAUGUCUCGGCGGUGCUUGAGAUCAUGUCUGGGUCCGGCGCCUGUCCUACCGUGCCCGUGAUCGUGGCCGCGGUGCAUAAACUGGCGUCGGCUGGGGACUUCGAAGUCGCCUACCGGCUGAUCGACAAAAUGCCGGAGUUCGGGUGUGUGCCCAAUGCGGUGGUUUACACGGCAGUGCUCGACGGGAUGUGCAGUUUUGGGAACGUGGAUGCGGCGUUGAGGCUGAUGGAGGCGAUGGAGGGCAGUGAGUUUGGUGCAAACUGUGCACCCACCGUGGUGACCUAUACGUGUUUGGUGAAAUGCCUCUGUGGGAAGGGGAGGGCGGCCGAGGCUCUUGCUGUGCUGGAUAGGAUGGCAGAGAGAGGGGUGAUGCAAAACUGUGUUUUUAUGCGGACGCUGGUCGAAGGGUUUUGCACUGAGCAGAGGGUUGUCGACGCGUAUGAUGUGGUGGAGCGUGUAGUUGGUGAUGGGAGUGUUUCGAGUACACAGUGCUACAAUGUUCUACUCAUUUCCUUGUGGAAAGUUGGCAUGGAAGAAGAAGCUGAAGGACUGGCACAGAGGAUGAUGAUGAAAGGGGUGCAGCUGACCCCACUCGCUGGCAGUUCCAUGGUGAGGGAGCUGUGCGGAAGGAAGAGGUCGUUGGAUGCUUGCUACUGGCUGGGAUUGAUGGAGGAGAACGGGGUGUUGUGUGACUCUGAUGUGUAUGGUAGCUUGUUGCUUGGGCUGUGUGAGGAAGGCCACAUUCAUGAGGCAUCAACAUUGGGAAGGAAGGUUGUCGACAGGGGGAUCCUCAUAGAAGUAUCUUGUGCUGACCGUUUAGUGGAGUUGCUGAAUCAAUAUGGUGAUGAGGAGCUUGCGUCACAUAUAUUGGGAUUGAGAAGGCGCCCUGAAGGGUUGUCAUUUUAA